CAAACCUCCGAACAGAACGAUGUGAGGUUGCGUGGAGAACAUAGCAAUACUGGUGCAGGUUUUUCAGCAUUUAAUUUGGUGUAAAUUAGACUUACUUUAAUGUACUUUAGUUUCAAAGUACAAAUGCUAGACCACAGAAAUUAAAAUAUUUGUAAUUAUUAGUCAUAAUCUAUUUCGUUGAAUUAAUUGUAUUAUGGGCGCGUGUAAAUUUGGCAUUUUUUAUGCGUGUGCGCACGUAUGUUUAUUCAUUUGGAUACUGCAAACUGUCCAAUCUCAGCAGCAUCCACCGGAGACAAGACAAGUAAAAAACCAAGUGCCAGGUAUACGGCAGACAAUACAAUGGGCGCACAAUGGUAACGUUUUUAGCCUUCUGAGUCACGGCUCAGAAUAUCGACCACCAAAGCAAAGAGGCGCCAAUAACGAGCAGGAGAGACCUGUCACCAUCAUUAGAGAUGGGGAAGCUAACAAGCCUUCUGACUCCUCAAGACAGUCUCCCUCGUCUACCCACACAGUGUCCAGUGCAGGAGCGCGCCCGCGCUGGCUACCACCUCAAGUUCCAAGGCCCCCGAGGGGACAGGGGCGCCAGCAUCAGGAUGUCCAUCCAAGUGGCCAUGCAGAAACCAAGGCAAAUGGCACGACGAAUGGGACACAGGACAAACUGUCCCCAUCGCCGAGAAGAGAAGACGUGAUGGCAGGGGAUGAUCCUUACAACCCAUACAAGACCUCAGAUUCAGAUAAUCCUUACUACAAUUACUAUGACGUGUACGAGAGUCCCAGGCGCAGAGAGAGACCUGGAUAUGGCACAAGUUACCAUCAGAACGGUCUGCCUGAUCUUGUGCCAGACGCAUACUACGUUCAAGCCUCCGCAUAUGUCCAGAGAGUUCCUAUGUACAACCUCAGAUGUGCAAGCGAAGAGAAUUGCUUGUCAAGUUCGGCUUACAGCGCCAGAGACUAUGACACCCGGAUGCUGCUGAGGUUCCCACAACGUGUGAAGAACCAAGGGACGGCUGACUUCCUGCCAAGCAGACCGCGCUACUCCUGGGAAUGGCACAGUUGUCACCAGCAUUACCACAGCAUGGAUGAGUUCAGCCACUAUGACCUGCUGGAUUCCGGUGGGAGGAGUGUGGCUGAGGGACACAAGGCCAGCUUCUGCCUGGAGGACAGCUCCUGUGACUACGGCUACUACAGACGCUUUGCCUGCACCUCACACACCCAGGGCCUGAGUCCAGGAUGUUAUGAUACCUAUAACGCAGACAUCGACUGCCAGUGGAUCGAUAUUACAGAUGUGAAACCUGGGAACUACGUCCUGAAGAUCAGUGUGAACCCCAGCUAUCAGGUUCCAGAGUCUGACUACAGCAACAACAUUGUGCGCUGUGAGGUUCGCUAUACUGGCAACUACGCCUAUGUGUCAGGAUGUCACGUCUCACAAUAUUAAGAGGGGGAAGUCAUUCUCCAAACCACUGAGAAGCAUUUCUGUAAAAACUCCAUGACAGACAAGAAAACGUCUUGAACAAAAUGUGGGCACACAUGGCUAACUGAAAAUGUGUAAGAAUGGUCACACUCUUGUCAAGUUGGCCUUCGUUUUUCAGGUGAACGUAAACCAAAACUCAGAGGUUCAUGUUAUGCCUAAGUUAAACAUGUUUUUCUAAAGCCAUUCUAUAAGUGCAAUAAACUAUUAAUUGAGUGUAUAGGUUUCAAAUUGAAUGUAUACUACAUUACAAUAGUUUAGACAGGUUUUAAAUGGUGUAAAUCAAAUAAAUGGAAUUUCAGACGUUCAAAGCUCAGUGAGAGCGAGAAAUUGCUUGUUUUUACAUAUCAAUUACACAAUAUUCAGCACCACAUUGUAUGGAAUCCAUCUUCAUUAAGAGCACAGAAUGUACCGCAUAGUAAGAUGCUGAUUUUUCAACCAUGCCAUUUCCCUCAUCAUUUUAUGUGUUUUAUGUCAAAUAAUAUCAUCAAACAUCUCAUCCCUUUCACCCUGUUAUUGUUAAUAUUAUUAUUUACAUGUGCUUGCUAUUAGUAGCUUGAACAGUUGAAGUCGGAAGUUUACAUACAUCUUAGCCAAGUACAUUUAAACUCAGUUUUUCGCAAUUCCUGACAUUUAAUCCUAGUAACAAUUCCCUGUUUUAGGUCAGUUAGGAUCACCACUUUAUUUUAAGAAUAUGAAAUGUCAGUAUAAUAGUAGAGAGAAUGAUUUGUUUCAGCUUUUAUUUCUUUAAUCACAUUCCCAGUGGGUCAGAAGUUUACAUACACUCAAUUAGUAUUUAGUAGCAUUGCCUUUAAAUUGUUUAACUGGGUCAAACACUUCGGGUAGCCUUCCACAAGCUUACCACAAUAAGUUGGGUGAAUUUUGGCCCAUUCCUCCUGACAGAGCUGGUGUAACAGAGUCAGGUUUGUAUGCCCCCUUGCUCGCACACGCUUUUUCAGUUCUGCCCACAAUUUUCUUUAGGAUUGAGGUCAGGGCUUUGUGAUGGCCACUCCAAUACCUUGACUUUGCCACAACUUUGGAAGUAUGCUUGGGGUCAUUGUCCAUUUGGAAGACCCAUUUGCAACCAAGCUUCAACUUCCUGACUGAUGUCUUGAGAUGUUGCUUCAAUAUAUCCACAUAAUUCUCCUCCCUCAUGAUGCCAUCUAUUUUGUGAAGUGCACCAGUCCCUCUCACAGCAAAGCACCCCCACAACAUGAUGCUGCCACCCCCAUGCUUCACGUUUGGGAUGGUGUUCUUCGGCAUGCAAGCCUGCCCCCUUCUCCUCGAUGGUCAUUAUGGCCAAACAGUUAUAUUUUAGAUUUAUCAGACCAGAGGACAUUUCUCCAAAAAGUAUAAUCUUUGUCCCCAUGUACAGUUGCAAACCGUAGCCUGGCUUUUUAUGGCGGUUUUGGAGCAGUGGUUUCUUCCUUGCUGAGCGGCCUUUCAGGUUAUGUCGAUAUAGGACUUGUUUUACUGUGGAUAUAGAUACUUUUGUACCUGUUUCCUCAAGCAUCUUCACAAGGUCCUUUGCUGUUGUUCUGGGAUUGAUUUGCACUUUUCGCACCAAAGUACGUUCAUCUCUAGGAGACAGAUCGCAUCUCCUCCCUGAGCGGUAUGAUGGCUGCGUGGUCCCAUGGUGUUUAUACUUGCAUACUACUGUUUGUACAGAUGAACGUGGUACCUUCAGGUGUUUGGAAAUCCCAAGGAUGAACCAAACUUGUGGAGGUAUACCAUUUUUUUUUCUGAGGUCUUGGCUGAUUUCUUUUGAUUUUCCCAUGAUGUCAAGCAAAGAGGCACUGAGUUUGAAGGUAGGCCUUGAAAUACAUCCACAGGUACACCUCCAAUUGACUCAAAUGAUGUAAAUUAGCCUAUCAGAAGCUUCUAAAGCCAUGACAUCAUUUUCUGAAUUUUCCAAGCUGUUUAAAGGCAGUCAACUUAGUGUAUGUAAACUUCUGACCCACUGGAAUUGUGAUACAGUGAAUUAUAAAUGAAAUAAUCUGUCUGUAAACAAUUGUUGGAAAAACGACUUGUGUCAUGCACUCAGUAGAUGUCCUAACCGACUUGCCAAAACUAUAGUUUGUUGACAAGAAAUGUGUGGAAUGGUUGAAAAAUGAGUUUUAAUGACUCCAACCUAAGUGUAUGUAAACCUCCGACUUCAACUGUAUGUUUAUAACUUAAAUUCAAGGUCACUUUAGAUUAUUUGUAUGACCCAGAGGGUUUGAAAAUUAUUAGAUAUAAGCAAGUACAUACUGCGUCCGUGCUCUAAAACGGUCUCUUUUAUCCUGUUUUGUUUGAUAUGUAUGCAAUGAAAGAAGAUAUAGCUGCAACGUUUUGAUGUAUUCCAGGAAAUCUAC